AUGAAAGCUUUAAGAAAAAUAAUAAGCAUCUUACUCUCCACCAUCUUUAUCACUGAACUGGCAGCUGAUAAAUGCGAAAGGGUCAAAAUCGGAAACGAAUAUUACAAGAGACAGCUGAUAGCUGCCAUAGACGGUUACCCCACGGGAAUGGCAAUCGAUCCCAGAACGGAGAACAUAUUUUUCCUACUGCAUAAAAGGAAUUAUACCAAAGGUAUACACAUACUAAAACACGGGGCUCUCGGAGUCAAAGAGUUGCCAGUAUCCGACGAUUAUAUAGGACAAUGUGUCGGCAUCGACGUAGCGAAUAACGUGAUAUAUAUUGGAACAAAUCAAGGGCUGGUCACAUACGAUUAUUCCAGGCCCGAAAUAGUCGCCGACAGACCAAUAGGCGACGACGACAUACGAAGCAUCUUUAUAGAUAAAACAGACAACCAAAUGUACAUAACCACUGGGCACAAUCAUGAAAUUUUUCGAUUCGUCAACGGUUCCGCAGCGAUAAAACGAUAUGAGAAGAUACCGAAAGCCUACAAUUUCGUUUUGGACGGGAAAGGGAACGCGUUUUACGAAUACGUGGAUGGUAGAUUGUAUUUCUUUUCGGUGGAUCUCUACGAACCGAUACAGUACAAGGGGUUCUCCAGGGAGUUAAAGUAUAUAUUAAAACUGAAUAAGCACGAUGAGGCUAUCGUGGCUGUGAAGGGGUCGUUGUUCCGACUGUUCACGAAGAGUAUCCUGCCAGUUAAAAUUGGCCAAUUGGGCUUCAAAAUAACGGGCAUGGCUUUUGAUCAUAGAAAUAAUAUUAUAAUAGGUACUAGAGGUAAGAUUUAUAGAUACAAACCGAUCGAUACGAAUGAUCCGUGCCCACCUGAAGAUUAUUUCAUGACCAGUAUUUAA